CGGGAGCGCUGCCAUUAGAAAGUCGUCGGCAGUCGAUGCGUGCGGGAGUUCCGCGAGUCGGAUAGAGAAAGAGAGAAGGAGCCGUCGGUCGAAGGCGUCGUGAGAAAGUUUGAAAGAUAUCGGAAAGCGGGAGGAGAGUGGAAGGUUCGCCGAGAAGAGAAGAGACAUCGAGCGCGUCGCGAUCGAGCCAGGUCCUCGAUCGGUCCAAAGUGUCAGAAUCGAUCCGGCGAAACGGAGCGGAACGAGCGGGAGCGGGAGCGGAAGUGGAAGCGGGAGAGAAGAAGCCUAGAGCGAUUCGAGGAGGCGAAUUUGCGAGCGCGAGCGCUCGCGCGAGGAAGCGCGCGAGGAGCGCCAGCAAGCGAGACGAGAGAGACGCGCCGCCGCUCCGCCGCCGAAAAUCGAUCCUCGCGUGCCGCCGCGCCGGAUCGUCGUCGUCGUCGUCGUCGCCGUCGCCGCGCCGUCGACGGGAAUCCUCGUGGGACGCUCCGGCGGUUAGCUCAUCCGCGCUGGAGGGUCGACGACAGGCACGUACGACAAGCGCCGUAGAGUGCUACGCAGCAACGUGGCGGCGACGCCAUUUUGUCGUAACUGGUACCGUGCGAUUCCUUCGGCAUCAGCGCCGUCGAGCCUCCUACUCCGCGCCACCGCCGCGCCGUGACCCGUGACACGCGCGUCGCAUCUCGCCUCGUCGUCGCGCUCGCAAAAGUGUCGGCGAAUAAAUCGACGCGGACAAGGAAGUCGGAGCGCGUCCCUGGAUCCCGAGCAACGGAGCACGGAGCUCCUUUCGUCCCCUCUCGUUCUCACCCUGGGUACGCGACCAUGAGACUGGAAAUUGUGUCGGCGGCGGAUUUUCUGGUGCACCUGCUGCGCCUGCAGGCGGGUCAGCUGUCGGAACGGCAACUGGAGAUGUUCAAGUCAUCGCUGACGGAGGUGUUGCGCCACCGUUACCGGGAUCACUGGUUCCCGGAUCGGCCGAAUCGCGGCUCCGGCUACCGUUGCAUCCGCAUCAACGGUAAAAUGGACCCGGUGAUCGCGCAGGCCGGCGCCAACGUCGGCCUGCUGCCCACCGUCCUGCACAGCCUCUUCCCCAGCGAGCUCACCAUGUGGAUCGACCCGUCGGAGGUGUCGUAUCGAAUCGGCGAGAAUGGUUCCAUCUGCGUUCUGUACGAGCGAACCGAGCCCGAGAAUCCGGAAGAGAUGUCGUCCCAGCUGCAUCAUCCGCAGCAGCCGCACCAUCCGCAUCAGCCGCAGCACCACCAUCAAUCGCAGCAGCAUCAGCAGGCGCCGAUCCUGCCGCCGCCGCUGCAGCAGCAGCAGCUACAGCAACAGCCGUCGCCGCAGCAACAGCAGCAGCAGUUCGAGAGCUGCAAGGAUUCCCUGUUGCUGGAGCACCCGCAGUUUAGCGAGCAGAUCGCCGCGUACGUCUCCAGCUGAAUCGCCGGGCUCGCCGCCGGCGCCGCUCGCGUCCACGCUCUCGAAAUAAUGUAAUUAAGCGCACGUACAUUUCGUGAUAUGUGAUAUCCCGUGUGUGUCGCGUCGGACCGAGCAGGUCCGCGCGCGCUCGAUCUUGGACCUCCUGCGUGCGUGCGUCCUCCUUGCGAUCUUUUUUCUCAUUUUUCCUCUUUUUCCUUUCCCUUUUUUUCUUCCGUGCACCGAGAGCCUCGAGGCGAGGCGAGGAGUCGCCUCUCGACUUCUCGAGCUCCGCGAUUCGACGACAUCCUCGAGCGACGGUCCGUCCGCGCCGCGCCCUCCUUCGCGCCAGUUCCUGCUAACGGGGAGAGUCCAUCCUUCGGGAACGCGAGCUCGUCCACGCGCGUCGAACGACUCUAGUCCAGUCUCGCGCACCCCCGAUCCUCCCAUCGUCGUCGCGAGCCAAGAGCCACGCGAGGACUGGAUCGAGUUGGAUUCCUUUUGGAUCGUCGCUCCAUCGAUCGGCGACCCAUCUUUUUCUUCCGUUGCAAAAGAACGUCGCGGCGAGGAAGAAAAAAAACGGAGCGAGCUCGAAGCUCUCUCGGCACAGCCGUCUAAUUGAUCUCAGCGUCUCCUCCACCAGCGUAACCUCCGAGUGUCUCUCGUGACAACAGCAACCGCGCGAGGGAGGAACAACGAAGACCAGCCAGCCUCAUCGCCCCUCCGUUCUCGAGGGAGUAAAGGAACCGUACUCGUACACACAUUUAUACACACACACACAUCCGCACACGCCGAUACAGACACCAUCUCUCUGUCUCUCGCAUCCUUUUCGAAUGCGUCUUUCUUCCACGUACUUUGUCACGUCGCAUUUCGGAGUUGUUAAGGUUCGUACGUACCGAGCGACGAGUAUUUUACGACGCGGACGCACGCGAGAGGGAAGCGAUCGAUUGCCUUGUACAUAUUUGAUCGAAUCGUAAAUCAUAUGAGUAUCAAUCGUCAUUUUCGACGAGAAGCAACGGUAUCCAUUUUGUCACAUCCCGAAUGAUGCAAUUUAUUAAUAUUUGAGUAAUUUCGAGCGUACGGAAGAGAACGAGAGUGUUUGUCGUUUGCGUCAAAAGCUACUUGCAAUUUAAUUCUCGCAACAGUUGUAGCCGUUGCCCAUUUCCAUGUUGCAUCGGUCUUUGUGUACAGUCUUAAAAUUAAGAACCGCAAAGAAACGGAGCGAGAGUCGAUCGUUUUCCACAAUUCUCGUUGUCGACAAUUUCUUGGAAUCACCCGCAUUUCGAUGCGGAUUAUCACCGUGCCACGCAUACACAUGGACACAUUUGCGCAAAACAAAAAGAAAUAGACACGCAUCGGCGAUCGUUACUUAUUGUAACGGCCGUCGAAUUUAUUCUUUGUUAACUUUUCGGAGAAAUAUCUGUGAAAAUAAAAGCGUUAAAUUUAUAACGCGCGACAUUUCCUCGCGCGAAUCAUUUAUCGAGUAAUUUUGCUUUUUUGCAUGUCGAGUAUAAACCUCUGGAAAAAUGCGGCGUUGCGAUAACGAAGGAUUCAAAUCCGGUUUACAUUUGUAAAUUUUAUUUUUUUAGAGAUUGGCUAUCGAUAGCGAAAACUUGCGUAUUUCGAUUAUUGGACAGCGUCAAGUUUCAAUGACAAAAAUUUCGAGUCAAAUUUUUAAAUGUACAUACACACAUAACACGUACAAAUGUCACGAUAGCGCGCGAAUUUAUAUGUACAUAUAUAUAUAUAUAUAUAAAUAUAUGUAUAUAUAUAUAAAAGCGUUAUAUAGAGCACCAUGUACAUGUACGAGGACGAGCGAAAUCGUCCUCGGGCGUGUACACAAUUGACGAAUUGUAUAUUAUCUUUCACGUGAAGAGAGAGAGAGAGAGAGAGAAUGAGAGGGAGAGAAUGAGAGAGAUGUGAAAGAAAGCGAGAGAAAACACGAUGUAUAAAAUUACUGUGAUUUUAUCCACGGGAAGGCACACGGGCGUAUAUUUUACUAUGGAGAGUCGGUCUCGGUAAGUGAAAUGCUUGAUGUAUGGCGUACGAUUGUGAAUGUUUCAAUAAAGGUCGGGAAUGAUUCAGAGAGAGAGAGAGAGAGAGAGAGAGAGAAAGAGAGAGAGAGAAUAAUUGAACCUGCGUGUGGGCGCUCAUCCAAUACGUCGCUCGCGCGCUUCGACAAUAAUAAUAAUAAUAAUAAUAAUAAUAAUAAUAAUAAUCGAGUUCGCUCGAUUAGUCAUGUGUCUGCUUCGUGCUCGCGGCAUCGAGAUUUGUUCAAUUACUUGACGAAUCGAUACAACGACGAGAAUGAGAUCCGUCGAUCGUUGUUGCCGCAGAUGCAACGCAAAUUUCUGUAUAGAUAAUUCUACACGUAAUAAAAUAUAUAAAAUUGAAA